AUGGGCAGAAAGAAAAUAUCAAUAAUGACAAUAAUACCAGAUGACAGGUUGAGAUAGGUAACAUACUGUAAAAGGAAGAAGGGCUUGCUAAAGAAAGCAAUGGAACUUUCCAUCCUCUGUGGUAUCUAAAUCAAUAUGAUUCUGCAAGAUGUAACUCAUCAGAAGUUGGUCUCUUAUCAAUCAAUAAAAGGAGAGGAUCUAUUUAUCAACUAGGCUGGAAACUAUCCUCAAAUCAAGGAAAUAUAUUACAAUACUGAUUAUGAGAAAGUCUCAUUCAAAAAAGGAGAUGCUAAGGAUGAAGAAGAAAUUUCCAAUAUGUCAGAGUCAGAAAUGCUUGAUAAAGAUCCUCUGAGUAAGGUUUGCUCUUUAGAGAUUAGAAAAUAAAAACAAAGCCCAAAGACUCAAUCUUCAAGCAAGAAUACCUCAAACUUACAGAACUUGAAAAAAGAGGAGACUAAAAAAAGCAAUAACAAGAAGUAAUCACAAAAGGAUUUAACAAGCUCUCCUGCACUUAAGGAUCAAGAAUAAAUCUCUCCACCUAAGCUAAAAGAAAUAAAAAAGCAAGAGAGCAUCAAAUUAACAAAUUCUGAUCGUUUAGAAUUUAAGCUUGAAAUUAUCAAAUAGGAUCAAUCACCUGCUUAAGAGUAGUAAUCCAUCCUUGGUAAACGUUAGCAACGGCCUACAACUAUUUAGUUAGAAUCCUCACCACCACGAAAGCAGGUCAACAAAGAAGUAGCAUCAACUAGUGUUUUUCUAAAUAAAGCAUUGCUUGAUGGUUUAAACAAGGAAAAUCCUUCUCCUAAGGAAGAUUUUUAUGAUCUUGACAAUCUUGAUGAUGGCCAUUCUAGUAGUUCUAGCAUUGAUGGUGACAAUGAGACUCAACAAGAUAUGAAGAAGAAAUCAAGCAAAAAAGAUAGAGAUUCUAAAUCAGCAACUACUCCAGCCAAUAACACUUGCUCUAAUCAAAAUGGCAACAAAAAAUCUUCAUCUCCUGCUGAAAAAACUUCAAACACAAACAUGAAUGCACUCUCAGCGAGUAUUAUAGAGGCUAGAAACCAGAACAAUGAUAGCUUGUUCUUCCCUAAACUUUAGUAACUUACUUCAUAAAUGCAAUAGCAAUUGACACAAUAAAAUACAACUUAGUAGCAGCAUAAUAACAGCACAAAUGCCAAUUCUACCACUCCUACUUUACCGGGUUCAUCCUCAAAUACAUCAGAUGAUGAUGGCUGGAGCAAGUGGAGAAAUAACAAUCCUCUAGCCAGAAAAUUGCAACAGCAAUCUGCAUCUCCCUAGAAUUUGGGAAAUGCCAUGCUUCAAGGUUAAAGAGGGUUCUAAAAAGGUAACCCAAUCAUUCAUAAUUCCCUCCUUUUAAAUUCAGCUAAUCUCUCCUAAAGAGAAUAAUUUUCAAGUCCAACCAAUUUUGCCCAGCAUCAGUUGAGAGCUAACGGAGGAGGAGACAGUGGUUUCUUGAUUCAUCCUCAGCUUAUUAUACCAAUGAACUCUAACAAUUCUCUUAAUGAGCUACAAAAUAGUUUUAUGUAUAAUGGUGGCUUUGGAAUGAGUAAUGAUAACAAUUUCAACAGAUAGGCCUCUGAUUAAUCACUUAAAACUUUUACUCAGCUUCUUGGACUUGAUAGAAGAUAAACUAGUAGAAACAACAUUAGUCAUAUCGGCUUAGGAGUUAAUGGUACCACUACUAAUUCACUAGGAUAGCUGAACAACUUUACAAACAAUAGUUAAAACCACAACAACAAUGGUAAUUAGCAAGAUUAGGACAUGAUGACUGGCAAGGAUAAAAACAAUGACAUUGAAGGAGAUAAAAAAUAGUCUCAUCAAUAGUCUUCUUGA